GGAACUCCAAUCGAAUAUGAGAGGAGACGGGACUUUAGACAACAAUCUGAGCAAUUGGUGGAGAAGACGUCACGCGGAGCAAUCCCAGGAUGGCGGUGCAGACAACGGAAGGUCUUUGAUUUCCUGGAGGCACUGUAGUAGGAACUUGAUAGAUCACAAUUUUUUGUUCUGGAAAACAGAUGGACUAUCAUGAAGUGCCUCAGGGCAUUAUUAGUGGCUGGGGAGCUUUCUGCAAGAAGAGGCUCCUUUCUUAGAAAGGAUCUUCUACAAUUACAAAGAAGCUCUUCUUUCCAGAACUCCAGGUUGGUUCCUGUGAGAACUAUCCAAGUGAGCAGAGUUCUUGGCACUUCUAACUUUGCUGUAAAGAAGCAUGACAAAACUGACAAAGAAUCUGCCAACCAGUCAUUAGUAAAAAUUGAAGAUAUCUUCGAGACAACAUCUGUACAUGAAAAAACUAAAGCUACAUUUCAGGAAGCCGUGGACAUCUUCUGCAAGCGGGAUAUCCGCCGCAAGGGUCACGUAGAAUUCAUCUAUGCAGCUCUGAAGAAAAUGCCAGAAUUUGGAGUGGAGAAGGAUGUUAAUGUGUACAACAAAAUCUUGGAUGUCUUCCCUAAGAAAGUGUUCAUUCCUCAAAAUGUUUUUCAAAAAAUGCUCAAAUACUAUCCCAGGCAGCAGGAUUGUGCCGUCGUGCUACUUGAACAGAUGGAGCACUUUGGUGUCAUGCCAAAUCAGGAAACCAGGUUUUUGCUGCUCGAGAUCUUUGGUAAUAGAAGCUACCCUAUAAAAAAAUACCAGAGGAUCAUGUACUGGUUCCCUAAAUUUAAGCAUAUCAAUCCUUAUCCAGUCCCAACUCCUCUGCCAGAAGAUCCUAUUGAACUUGCAAAGUUGAGCUUGCAGAGGAUUGCAGCUGACUUGAAUGCCAAGGUUACAGUAUAUCAGAUCUCCCACUCGGAAGUCCUGGAUUCUGGAAAAGAAAUCAAUCAUCCACAUAUCGUAGGAAUCCAAAGCCCUGAUCAGCAGUCACUGCUUGCUUCUCAUAACACUGAAAAGCCCAUUUUCCUUGAAGGCCCCUUUCGCUUAUGGCUCAAGUCCAAGUGUGUUUAUUACUAUGUGCUCAGAGCAGAGCUUUCAGAAGAACAUAUGGUGGAAGUGAUUGACCCAGAAAGGAAUUUCUACUACCCCAUGCAUCUGGAUAUUGAUCUGGAACGGGAUGUUCUGGAUGAUUAUGAGUUUUACACAGAUAAAGUUAAGGAGGGCCCCGUGUUUGCCAUGUGUAUGGUUGGGGCAGAAAACAAGGCUAUCUUGGCCAAAUGGAUUGUGGGUCUUCAGGAAACAAAUCCUAUUUUGCGUGAUAUAGCUGUCAUAUUCCGUCUCAUGCACAGACCUCGGGAGCUGCAGUGCAACGAAGAAACAGAGAACGAUAAUGCAAGAACACAGGCCAAAUUCUUCAAACAAGAAGUUUGAAACUUCACUGGUCAUGCUUUAGGUUUCAGUCAUGUUAUAUGAGGGUUUUAAGGGAAUUUGAGCCAAUAAAUUCCUGAAUCAGGUUAAAAUGUA